UUUAUAUAUCUCACAUCUCGAAGGUGCCCGCACAUGUUUAAUGAAAAUGUCUGGAAUAGAAUCUAUUUUUCAAAGCAUAGCAAAUGCCAAUCCAAAAAGUCGAAAUAUUUACCUGGAUGCGAUAAACAAAAAUCACACAAUAUCCGAUGAUAAAAAUGUGGCGACUCAAACAAUCACAUCGAUGCUUUCAAAAAGCACGAGCCGUGCGAUUGGGUUACGGUUCCUCAUCGCUUACCUAGAUCAGGACAUGUGUUCCACAGGCGUUUUGGAGAAAAAGGCACAUAUAUGGCUGGCUAGCAUAAUGAAGUCAUGUAAUGCAAUGGAGAUCCGUUCAUAUGGUCAUCUUAUCUAUGAGGCUCUAGCGUUGCUCAUCAAGCGAAUUCAAUCCACCUUUGAUGUUGCUAAAACAUUUGCAUCCACUUACCUUUUUAAGUUUUUUGAGAGUCUAAGUCUUCAGGAAAUACGCGAUAACAUACCCAGCACAAUUAGUUCUUUGAACGCUUUAGAACAAUGCCUACGUUACUAUCCCGGACCCAGUAAGUCUGGGAGAGCUAUGGUCCACAAAUUUCUAGCUUCACUGGUGGAUAGUAGCGAUGUCGAUGUAAUACAUGGAACUGGGCAAUGUUGGCUAAUGCUGCAGCAGGUGCGCGGUGGAGCUCCUAACGAUGGCGAAAACAAGGAUAAGGGACAAUGGCGGGAUUUUCAAUUGGGAAUAUUGGGCAAUCUUCAUGAUUUGCUAAAUGUAACGAUCAGUUCCCAAGACGAAAUUUUUGAAAGGCCUGCUAUAAGUACUAAGCUGGACUACUUCGAACUUGUCCUGGAAGGAGACCCCAUCGAACGAAGUGCUCGGGUCUGUCGACGUUUUUGCAAUCUGGUUGACUAUCUUAAAAUUGCCCUAAGUGAACCUUUUCCCGUCAAGAAAUGUAUUUAUCCAAAGAGAAUACUUAAUCUAAUCCAACGUGGUCUUGGUUUAAAAUUGACAAGUUACAGAAACAAUUCAAACAUUGACAACUUGUGCUUUGGCAGUCUUCUACCGGAAUUACAUUUCAAGCUUCUUGAAUUGUUAGAAGUUCUAAUUACCAUCUGUAACACUCACCUUAGGAUGCAUUUUCGUUUGAUUUUAAGUAUUCUAUUAGACUCUCUAAAGAAUACUAAGCCAGCAACAAGCAAAGAACCACAAGAGAAUUUUGUAAACCUACGUUCUUCAGUGUACAAAGUAAUAACGCUUUGGUGUUCUGUGUUAAAUGAUGGAAGCCGUUGCGAAAUCAUCUCAGACUAUUUAAUAAAAGAAAUAUUGGAUGAUGUCCGGCCAGUCGUAACCAAUAAAUCAUCAGAGUUGCAGCGACCAAAUAACUUACCACGACGUAAAAAAGAUGUCCAACUUUUAAAUAAUGAAGUUACUGGAAUAGUUAAAACUUCUUCGCUUUGCCAAGAGGCUUUCCGUUGUCUGCAAAAUUUAUUGCAUUCUUCGGGACAUUUAAUUAAACACACAAUUAUAAAGGAUGUCUACAACACCUUAUUAAUUAUUUGUAUUCAAAUGCAACAAAAUUUGCAUUCAAAAUCGGAACAACCUCACGAUUGGAAAUAUCGUGCAGAAAUAUAUAAGACGCUCACAAUAAUUGUACAAUCGAGGAAUUUCCGUUGUCCUCCGCCCACAGAGAUAAUUUUAUAUCUGUUAGAUGAAACUCGUUCGCGGGACAGUUCAUCUGAAGUGCGUUUGUGGUGCCAAAAUCUAAUUGACACUAUUGAAAAUAUGCUUCAUCCGCAAAAAGAAAGUGUAUUCUUUAAAAGAGAUCUAAGAAGUUCAACUUCUACGAGUGAAGAAGAAACCGUUUUGCUCAAUGACAAUAACAUUUCUGCAAUUGAAGAUGAGUCUGGAAACAAUGAAAUGCUUACCAGCGAACUUGACACGGAUAUUGAAGCACAACCAAAGGAUACCAGUUUAAUGGAGGUGGGCAUGCCAAAUGAUACAGAAACUGUAGAAGACGUUGAUAUACCCGCACCACCCGCUAAUAUUAUGGCUUCCAAAGUUAUAGAAAAUAUAGAUAUAUCGCCACCUCCAUCUGACGUCGUGCCACCCAAUAGUAGUAGUCAUCUUCCCGUCGUCGAGGAGAAAGCGCCAGUUAAAAUUCACAAAGUAAAUGACUUAAAAGAAAGCAAUGUGUCUGGACCCAAAGUUGUAUCAGAAAUUAAGAACUUAAGUCCUGAUGAUAGUAGCAAGCCAGAAGAAAAUUACGACAUUGAUGACAGUUUUGUAGAAGAAUUAAAUGCAGCGUUUGUUAAUGAAUUCUGGUAAUGUUGUAUUAAAACUGCAGGCUGACAAACACCAAUAAAGCAAGUAAUUUUGGUUUUCAUUAA